AUGCAUAUUCCCACCCUUGCUCUGGUGUCUCUUUUACUAGGUGCAGCGAAAGCGAGAAAUCAAGAUGGAUCACCGACACGAUACGAUUUUGUUAUUGUUGGCGGCGGCACAAGUGGACUGGUUGUUGCGAACAGAUUAUCUGAGAUGACAGGCUACACGGUGGCGGUUAUCGAAGCUGGUGAUUCCGUCCUGAAUAAUGCUAAUGUUACUGACGUGUCUGGUUACGGUAGGAGCUUCGGAACGAAUAUCGACUGGGCCUAUGUGACCGAGAACCAGACAUACGCCGGCGGCAAGAAGCAAAUUAUGCGGGCUGGGAAAGCGAUUGGUGGAACAAGUGUUAUUAACGGAAUGUCGUAUACCCGAGCCGAAACAGUACAAAUCGAUUUAUGGGAAAAGGUUGGAAAUAAGGGUUGGAAUUGGAAUUCUCUUUUCCCAUACUACAAGAAAUCAGAAGGUUUCCAGGUGCCGACUCCAGACCAAGUCGCUGCUGGCGCCGACUAUUACAUCAGUUAUCAUGGGGAGAAAGGCCCAUUGAAAGUUGGUUGGCCCAGGAUGAUGACCAACGGGAGCGUGCUACCCGUACUCGAUGAAACAUUAUCACAGCUGGGUGUUCCUUACAACCGCGACAUCAAUGGGGGCAAUAUGGUGGGAGUCACAUCUCAUCCCAAUACCGUCGACAGUGAGGCCAACAUCCGGGAAGAUGCAGCUCGAGCUUAUUUCUGGCCGUUUGAAAACCGCUCCAACCUCAAGAUUAUUACCAAUACCCGAGCAAACAAAAUAAUCUGGGGUGAGGACUCGGAUGGCCUGGCUGUUGCGACUGGAGUAGUCGUUACGGGUCCCCAUGGCGAUGAAACGAUAUAUGCUUCCAAGGAGGUCAUCCUCUCCGCUGGCUCUUUGAAAUCCUCGGCAUUGCUGGAGUUGUCAGGCAUCGGAAAUCCGGAUAUCCUCACAAAAUAUGACAUUCCUAUCAAGGUCAACAUCUCCACAGUUGGCGAGAACCUGCAAGAUCAAACAAACAAUGGUCUUUCAUACGCCGGCAGGGAAUUUUGGAUUGGUGGACCAACCUUCUCUGCGCUCCCUUCAGCUGAACAAAUAUACGGAGGUCGUGUUUCUGGACUCGCCUCAUCGAUCAAGGACAGCCUUGAAGACUACGCAAAGGCUGUCGCUAACUCGUCAAAUGGUGCGGUUCAAGAAGAGAAUGUCUUGGAAGCAUUCCAACUUCAGUACGACCUGAUCUUCAAAUCACGAGUUCCAUACGCAGAGAUAGUUUUUCUUCCCAUUGGACACAGAUUCUCGGCUGAAUACUGGCCGCUCCUUCCUUUCUCCAGAGGGAGUGUCCAUAUUCAGUCUGCAGACAGCUCUCAGCCACCUGCCAUCAACCCAAACUAUUUCAUGUUUGAGCAGGAUCUGGAUGUCCAAGCCAAUGUCGCCAAGUUCAUUCGCAAGGCCUUUGAAACCGACCCCCUCAGUGAUCUUGUCGCCGAUGAGUUCUCUCCAGGAUUAGAGCGUGUUCCUUCGAAUGCAUCCGACCCUACAUGGCGUGACUGGGCCAAGUCAACUUAUCGAUCAAACUUCCACCCUGUCGGCACAGCUAGCAUGCUUCCAAGAGACAAAGGAGGAGUGGUCAAUUCUGAGCUCAAAGUCUACGGGACCAGGAACGUCCGUGUCAUUGAUGCUUCCGUUUUACCAUUCCAAAUUUGUGGCCACUUGACAAGCACCCUCUACGCUGUUGCUGAAAUGGCGUCGGAUCUGAUCAAGAGGAGAUACAUCUUCUAG